AUGGCUGAGAGGAAUCUCACUCGGGUGACGGAGUUCGUCCUGGCGGGUUUCGCCCACCGGCCGGUCCCGGGCGUCGUCGGCCUGUUCCUGGUGUUCCUGAGUCUGGACCUCCUCACCCUGCUGGGGAACGUGGGGAUGAUGAGCCUGAUCCAGCUGGAUCCCCGGCUCCACACGCCCAUGUAUUUCUUCCUGAGCCACCUCUCCCUCCUGGACACCUGCUACUCCUCGGUCAUCGUGCCUCAGAUCCUAGCCACCCUAAUGAGCGACGACGGGCUGGCCGUGUCCUACGGGGGCUGCGCGGCCCAGUUCUUCCUGUUCACCGUCUGUGCCGGGACUGAGUGCUACCUCCUGGCGGCGAUGGCCUACGACCGCUACGUGGCCGUGGGCAAGCCCCUGCUCUACGUCUCCGCCAUGACCCGGGGGACGCGCGUGGCCCUGGUGGCCGGGGCUUACGCGGGAGGCUUAGCAGGAGCCACCCUGCGGACGGCCUUGACCUUCACCCUCUCCUUCUGCGAUGCCAACCGGAUUGACUUCUUCUGCGACCUCCCUCCCCUGCUGAGGCUCACGUGCGGUGACCCCUCCACCGGGGAGACGGCGAUCAUCUUUUUGGGCAACUUCGUGAUCCUGGCCAGUGGCCUGGUGAUCCUGGUCUCCUACCUCUUCGUCGCCAGGACCAUCCUGCGCAGGCGGACCGCAGGCGGGAGGGCCAAGACCUUCUCCACCCGCGCCUCCCACCUCACGGCCGUGGGCCUCUUCUUCGGCACCCUCGCCCUCACGUACCUCCGCGGGGGCUCGGGGAAAUCGCUGGAGGGGGACAAGGUGGUGUCGGUGCUGUACUCUGUGGUGAUUCCCGCGCCGAACCCAUUUAUCUACAGCCUGAGGAAUGACCAGGUCAAAGCCGCUCUCCGCAGGGCCUUCCUCAGGCUCAGACUCGCUCUAGGGCUUUACACCAGGGUGGGUGGCUUCUCGUCUUAA